AGCUGUUCCUGCUCAUAGAGAAAAAGAACGAUGGCAUAGAUUUAAAGUGAUAUGCAAAUAAAGCAAGGGCGAUGUGAUUUUUUUGACACAGCGAGUUAGUUAUGCUAUGAAGUGCACUGCGUGGCAAUGUGGUGGUGGCGGCAGGAUGGGCCGAAUGGCCUCCUUCAGCUUCAUAGUGAUUCUGAGAGUUCUGGCAGUGUCUGUAGAUAGAGAAUUCACGUUUCAGGUCAAAGACCUUUGUUCAGAACUGAAAAAAGUUAAAUAUCUUAAACGUUUUAAGGAAAUAUCGAAGUCGGGGAAGAAAGAACAAAAAGGAAAGUUUGUGAUAAGAUGGGAAACGUUUGCUGAGCGGUUACUGUUCAUUAAACAAUGGCUGUAGACUGGUUUCAAUAGCGUCUUCAACGGGUGCUCUUGUCUCGGAGGACCCGAGUCCAUAUUCGUUGUGCUUGGAGGACUUAGAGGAUAAAAAAAGGCUUACACCGUGUAGAUCGCUCUAUGUUUUGCCAUUCAAGAGCAAGAGCAGGAGAAAGCAGUAAGUUUUUUAGUUGAUCAAUCAAAGUUGUUUAUUGAGAGCCUUGGCUGAGUAGCGCAGAAAUAAUCUGGAAUCAUGUCCGAGAACGACACUGAUAAUUUAGUCAACAGCGGCAAAUAUGAGGCUGGCAAGAGCAAACGGAAUGUUUGCCGAGACUUUCUGCGCAAUGUCUGCAACCGUGGUAAGAAUUGCAGGUACUUCCACCCAGAUGAUAUUGAGGCCUCCGACCUUGCCGAAAUAAGGAACGAAACUGAUAAUUUAGUCAACAUUGCCAGUGACGAGGCUGGUAAAAGCAAACAGAACAUUUGCCGAGACUUUCUGCGCAAUCUCUGCAAUCGUGGUAAGAAUUGCAGGUAUAUCCACCCAGAUGACAUUGAGGCUUCUGACCUCACUGAUGUAAGGAAUGACACUGAUAAUUUAGUGAAUAUUGGCAAUGAUGAGGCUGGCAAAAGCAAACAGAACAUUUGCAGAGACUUUCUGCGCAAUCUCUGCAAUCGUGGUAAGAAUUGCAGGUAUUUUCACCCAGAUGAUAUUGAGGUCACCAACCACACUGAUCUAAGUGAUGACGCUGAUAAUUUAGUCAAUAAUAGCAAAUAUGAGGUGAGCAAGAGCAAGCGGAAUGUUUGCCGUGACUUUCUGCGCAAUGUCUGCAACCGUGGUAAGAAUUGCAGGUACUUUCAUCCGGACAAUGUUGAGGCCUACAAUGUGGGUGACAUGCGGCAUGAGUCAAUCUUUUGUCAGUACUUUCAGAAUAGUAAAUGUACCCGUGAGAACUGCACAUUCAUUCACGGGACGAAGGGGGAAGAGAAUUAUUACAAUAAAACAGGAAAGCUUCCUGCUCACUUGCAACAGACAGUGGCUGUGACCUUUGGGCUUUCACCCUCUAAUCUUCCUCUUAUUACAAAGGAGAUCCCAUUUUGUCGUGACUUUCUAAAGGGCAAAUGUCGAAGAGGAUCCAAAUGUAAAUUCCAGCAUUUGAAACGUGAUGACAAUGAUAAAAAAAGUGUAGAAAGAGUGUCGUCACAAGAUAGAGAACUUUCUCCUGAGAUUUGUAGAUAUGACCGUUUGGAUGACCUCUAUGAGACAGAGAGAUGUGAUUACGACCAGCAUCCGAAAAGGAGAAGGGUGGAGGGCCUGCGUUUUGAAGUAUUUGAUUACAGCACUCCCAGUCUGCGCCCAGGUGAACUCAGUUUUUUGGAGGAGGAAAACCAUAUGCUCAGAAAGCGCAAUGAAGAACUCAAAAAGCAGGUGUCAAGCUUAAUGCUGACUAAUGAGGUCCUUCUGGAACAAAAUGCAGAUCUGCGCAAGCAGGUGAAGUUGGGGAUCCUGAACACUGGGGCUGACCCAACACAACACCCAGCUUUGCACACUGUUACCAAUUAUAACCGUAGCAUAGUAAAGACUCACACCACCCUGAGCAACCAGACACUGAGAUCACAACCCAUUUCUCAUCAAGAGUUGAUAGCGCAAGCUCGAGCUCAUAAUGCAUUAUGUUCUGAAGCCACAUCCCAAAGUCCUCCUUGUCUUAGCGCUUCUAUCUCUGCACCCUAUGUCCAGGGGAUGACUUCACCAGUUUCAAUGGCACCACUUGCUAUCUCUACACCUGUGGCAGUUACACAAUCACUGCCAGGAAUUGCCAUGAGUUAUACCACCACUCAAAUGGUCAGUUACCCAAAUGCAUCCCAAAGUAUGAGGUUCCUCUGUCGUGCAGAAGAGAGUUGAGGUUUGAAGAUUUUAUGAAAAAUUAAUAUUUUCCCAUUGUUGCUUCCCAGGGAAAUUGUGAAAAUUGAGUUUAAAUAUGAUUCUUAAAGAGGGAGUCUCACCAUCAGCAACCCUUUGCCGAAACUAUGAAAUGAGGAUGCUUUUUACUCCUGCCUCAAAUGGUGCGGGCUUAUGAACUCACUGGCAAACUGCCUGUACAGAAUUGUACCUCAGCAAUAGUAGCAUACUGAAGUUAAACCACCCUUCAGUUUGCCACUAUGUAUGUCGCAAAUGUUCAAAAAAAAAAUCCAACAGAACCCUUGUUUUUGAAUGCUUUGAAAACUUGGUGUCAGCAGAAGUCUUGCUUUUGUUUGCUCACCCUGUAAACUCUGGUACUAAUGAAAGCAAAGUUUUUGACAACGCAUUGCAAUGCCCAGACCAACUUGAGCUCUCCUGCUGCUGCACUUGGAAUAGUUUUGCCUGCACUAUGGUUGCUCUGUCUGUUUCUGUAAAAUUGGUUUAAUUUCACAAAAAAGUCGGUUUAAAAAAAACACAACGCUUGUGUUAAAAAAGAUUGUGCCUGUUCUGCAGUUACUUGUUUUUAAAUCACCUUUAAAUCCAGAGUUUUUGUUUUACAGCAAUAAAAACAAAUCAUUUUGUUUCCCCUCCCUCCCCACCACCAAAAUAAAUCCUGCUUUAAUUGUGGUCAGGACAGUAAUUGGAGGGUAUGAAGACGGGUGAAUAACUGUCUUCUGCUAGAUAUUUUGCCCUGUAAUAUAAAUGGGACUUUUUACUCGAACGUUUUUGGGGAGUGGUGGGGGUUAGGGACUUAAAAUCAAAAAUGGCUCUCUUAAAUGCAGCAUCAGGGAAUCUGGAAGCAAGAGGGGGCUAACAUAACAUGCACACAUUUGAAAUACGAUCACUGAAGCAACUUGGGUUAAUGCCUCCCAGCUACUGCUGAUCGUUAAGUUAUCUUGUGUUUUCUUGUUCACAGUUCCUUAGCUUUGAGCUCUCAAAGUUCAAAAUACAUUGAGCUUUGUGAAGCAACAAAAUUGUUUUUUUUAUUUCCUGGGGUACUGAUGGUAAGACUCACUCUACAUAAACUAAACAAAAAAAGUGUGCUCUAAGAUUAGUAAUGAAUUGACAGUCUUUAUCAAAGCACAUAAUUUAAUGUAAUAUAAAUUGCAAACUACCUGUUCUUCCCUUCUCCAACAAUUUAUGAAAUUCACUUUUUUAAUUACUGAUAAUUUUUAUUUUUUCUACCAGCAAUCGUAUGCCACAAAUGUUCUAUUUUUCCUUUAUUUAGAAUUACAGUUGAGGUUAUCAGAAACAAAUAAAUAAAUUGCUUACUUGGUUAGUUUUAAAUCUCUCUGAUAUUUGCUUAUAGACAUUCUAUACCCAUCCCGUUUCAAAGCACUUGGAGGGUUAAUUUUUGGUGAUACAUGUGCAUUUAGUUGAAAUUACUUUUGGUAAUUAAAAUUGUAUCUUUUUUUUUAAAAGUCAUCAAGUUCCAUGUUUCCUUUAUGUUUUUGUACAAAGAGUUCCUGGCCAAAGCAUUUUUUUUGCUCUUGUCAUUUCUUUUCCCUUCAAAAGUGUACAAGCCCUCCGAAGAUAAAACACCUUCUGUAGUGCAAAAAGAAAACUAAAUGAGCAUUCUCAUCACAAACAUAUCCACUGUAACCUCUUAGGAUAUGAAAAUGAUUAUAAAGUGCUGCAGUACUACGAUUUAAGUUGGUGAGGCAAACUAAACUGUAUGUAACAAACAUAUACUUAAUGCCUGAAGCGUGGAAGCUGGGUGUUCACUAACUAAUAGCUGAAAGUAGCAUUGUACCAGAUGAUGUGAAGAAAAGGUUUGUGGAUUGUCAUCUUUGUCAUGUGAUUUUUCGAAGUUCUAGGUUCAAAACUUGUAGAUCGCUGUGCCAUUUCUGCAUCUCGUCAAGAAACUUACCUAAUUGCAUUGUUAAUCAGGGUUUCAAGGGUGCAUCACCAAUGUAUACAACAGUACAACUGCUUUUUGUUUUCAAUUCAGUAGUAACAAAACUGCAAAGUCAAUCAGAGAGAAUAGGAAACAUCUACAUUCAUACAGAGCCACAACUUACUAUAUAUAGAAGGUAGCUAUAUAUGCACACGUAUAUGACAUGACUAAAAUAUUUUUUAGUCAUCCAUAUUGUAAAUGUAUGUUGAAUGGUAAUGUCAAACUACCCCUACUAAAAAUAUUUGUGAUGUUGAACGAGGAGAGAAUCUGGGACAGAAUCUGGCCCAGUGUAAUGUUUCCUUCCCUUGGUUGAAUAUCCUGCUGACUUCCAGUAUCUAGACUCAGCCGAACGAUAACCACUUGGAUGAGGUUCCAGCGGACACCUUGUUGAAUGAUACUUCAGCAUGGUGUCAAUUCCAUUGGGUGAGGAGAGUAGAAAAGUGACAGAGGAAGGUGGGGGGGGGGGGAAGGCUUACAAUUAUACAUAGGGUAUAAAAGUGUACUGUAGUAAAUAACAUAGAAUACAAUGUGUGAAAUAUUGGCAGUUUUUUUCUACUUGAAGUUGUAUGAGUAGUACAUUAUUGUGCCCAUUUGAUUCUUCACUUUAACAAAUGACAACAUUGGUAUGUCAAUGACUUCCUCUACUGCAUGAUAGGUUGGACGAUCUGAGGGAGGUGCAAAGCAAAGUAUGGUACUCCCAAUUGGAGAGAUGGCAUUCUGAAAAUGAACCUGUGCCCUGCAUCCAAUUUGUUUAAGAAAAACUGCAGUUUCCCAAAUUUUCUGUAUAGUUAUUAGCUUCAAGUAAAUUUUAACUUGUUGCAAGUUUUUUUUUUGUUUUCAGAUGUUUUCAAUAUUUUGAUUCUAUUACAGAUUUCUAACUUGCUAAAAUUAGACAUGAGAAUUUCUAUUUACAUAACGGUUACAUUACUAUCAACUGGGGAGCCAUGUAGAAAAUGCACUCAAGGAAGGAUUAAGAAGCCAAAACCAACACUGAGAAGUUUGGGUCUGCAACAUGGGAAAUAUGAAUUUUUACAAAUUUUAGUCUCAAAAUACAGUAAACCCUUUACUAUUCUGAGUCCCUGGGAUUUUUCAGCGUAAAGUGCAGUGCCAAGAUUGUCUAACUGCAGUCGGCAGGUCUUAAAUUCACAGAUGUUCAAAAUAGGACUUCUAGUGCAACUUUUGAAAGUGGUCCAUUAAGCAUGUUUUCCUCAAUUUUAAUGCUGAUAACUUGUUCGUGUGCAUACUGGUGUUCAUGAAAAGAAGUUCUGAUUUAUUGAAAAUCUGAAGAUGACAAUUGACGUCCACUGUAUGUAAAUAUAGAUUAUAUGACAAAGAA